AUGCAGGGGGACCUUGGGGAGGGUGUCAAAGAGGAGGAAGCCUUCAAGCUGGUCCCAAUGCUGACACCUCCUUCCACGCUUGUCUUUGGAGGGAUAUUCACCCAAGGCCUUUCUCAUCUCUCCUCAGUAUUGUACCUGGAAGGCUCAGUUCUUGUGUUUGAGGACAUCUUCAGACUGGUUGCCUUCUACUGUGUCAGUAGAGAUUUACUGCCCUUCACGCUCAGGCUGCCCCAGGCCAUCCUCGAAGCGAGCAGCUUCACAGACCUCGAGACCAUCUCCAACCUCGGCCUGGGCUUCUGGGACUCCUCCCUGAACCCCCAUCAAGCAAGCGGGAGCCCAGCAGAACCCACGAAAGACCGGGCCCCUGGAGCACCCCCAGCCCCCACUCUCAGACCCACCACCUGUUAUGCAAACUGUUCCUGUGAAAUUGAGCUAUCGGUGGGAAGUGACCGCCUGUGGUUUGUGAAUCCCAUUUUCAUUGAGGACUGCAGCAGUUCCCUGCCCACUGACCAGCCACCUCCUGGAAGCUGCCCUGCGCACCCAUCGCUGCCCACCUCUGACGCUACCUCACCCACAUCUAAGUGGGCCCCGCGCCGCCCACCACCACCACCCCCAGCACUGGUCCUGCAUCAUCGCUCCAGCCCUGCCCGGCCUGAUCCACUCCCUGCUGUUCCUGCUCCUGCCUCUGCCUGUCCUGUACCCGGUUCUCCCCUAGGCCCUGGCCCCCACCUUGCACCCCAGGCUCCAGACCCCCCAGAUCCUCUGAACCAGCCACUCAUGACCACCUGUGAGAGACUCCCACGCCCCACUGCAGGCCUGGGCCCCCUCAGAGAGGAAGAAAUGAAGCAGGGGUCAACCCCCAGCCUCUUGCCACAAGCCGCUGCCCCUCAACCGCUGGGGAAGAAGACCCUUCCCACUGUCCCUCCCAGAAGGCGCCUCUCUGAGAGGACAUCGCUGGAGGACCAGAGUGCAGGAAUUGUGGCAGAGGGGGACCAGCUCAGCACACCUCCAGGUACCUCAGACAGCUCUAGGGACAGGCCUCAGAGGAUCACAGAGCAAGGCCAGGAAGCAGAGGCUGAAGCCAGUUAUCCGGGCAGCGUUCCAGAGCUGCCAAGGAAGACCAAACAACCCCCAGUCCCGCCCCCCAGGAAGAAACGGGUCUCCCGGCAACUGGCCUCAGUCCUCCCAGCCCCCUUGGAGAGUGCUGAGUUCUGCAGGCAGGAGGUGGCCUCUGAGACACCCACGCCCAGUCCACCCAGAGAAGGCCAAAGUCCUGCCUCCCAAGCUGGAACUCAGCGCCUCCAUGCCCAAGCCACGCAUGCCCAGGGCUCUCCAGAGUUCAAGGGCUCCCUGGCCUCCCUCUCAGACAGCUUAGGGACACCAGGCUCAGCUGCUGACCAGGACUCCUACUCAACCAGCAGCACGGAGGAGGAACUGGAGUCACUCAGCGGCCACUGUGGGAAGAAGAAGUCCUCAAUGAUCCUAGGUAAGGCACGGCAUCGGCUGAGCUUCGCGAGCUUCACCAAUGUUUUCCACGCUUUCCUGUCCAAUAACCGCAAGCUAUAUAAGAAGGUGGUGGAGCUGGCGCAGGAUAAGGCCUCCUACUUUGGCAACCUGGUGCAGGACUACAAGGUGUACAGCCUGGAGAUGAUGGCGCGCCAGGCCUCCAGCACUGAGAUGCUGCAGGAGAUCCGCACCAUGAUGACCCAGCUCAAGAGCUACCUGCUGCAGAGCACCGAGCUCAAGGCCUUGGUGGACCCUGCCCUGCACCUCGAGGAGGAGCUGGAAGCAAUUGUAGAGUCUGCCUUGUAUAAGUGUGUCCUGAAGCCCCUGAAAGAAGCCAUCAACUCGUGCCUGCACGAGAUCCACACCAAGGACGGCUCACUGCAGCAGCUCAAGGAGAACCAGCUAGUGAUCCUGGCCACCACAACGACUGACCUUGGAGUGACCACCAGCGUGCCAGAGGUGUCUGUCAUGGAGAAGAUCCUGCAGAAGUUCGCCAGCAUGCACAAGGCCUACUCGCCUGAAAAGAAGAUCUCCAUCCUGCUCAAGACCUGCAAACUCAUCUAUGACUCCAUGGCCCUCGGCAACCCAGGGAAACCCUACGGGGCCGAUGACUUCCUGCCCGUGCUCAUGUAUGUGCUGGCCCGCAGCAACCUCACAGAGCUGCUCCUCAACGUGGAGUACAUGAUGGAGCUCAUGGACCCCGCCUUGCAGCUGGGGGAGGGUUCCUACUAUCUGACCACCACCUACGGGGCCCUCGAGCACAUCAAGAACUACGACAAGAUCACAGUGACCCGGCAGCUGAGCGUGGAGGUGCAGGACUCCAUUCACCGCUGGGAGCGCCGGCGCACGCUCAACAAGGCCCGCGCCUCCCGCUCCUCCGUGCAGGACUUCAUUUGUGUGUCGUACCUGGAGCCAGAGCAGCAGUCGCGGACGCUGGCGUCGCGAGCCGACACGCUGGCCCAGGCGCUGUGCGCUCAGUGCGCAGAGAAGUUCGAGGUGGCGCAGCCCCACGACCACCGGCUCUUCGUGCUGGUGGACGGGCGCUGCUUCCAGCUGGCCGACGAUGCGCUACCACACCGCAUCAAGGGCUACCUGCUGCGAAGUGAACCCAAGCGUGACUUCCACUUCGUGUACCGGCCCCUCGAUGGCGGUGGGGGCGGCGGGAGUCCACCUUGUCUGGUCGUGCGGGAGCCCAACUUCCUGUGAGGCCCUUCGGUGGCAGUACUGGCCGAGACUGGCCUGGGACAGAGAAGGAGCGGACUGGGCGCGCCCUUGCGCAUCCCACACACGCACUCAGCACGUGCCCGCAUCUGAUAGCCACAUGUCACGCGUGUGCCUUCCACUGGGCGUGUCCGAUGUAAUUGUGAAAGUAACAUGAAGAUGUGCCUGAGGGCCCUUUCUAAGGGAGUCCUAGCAUUGAGAGGUCAUGUUCUUCAUUAGACAAGAAGGGAAACUGAGGCUCAGAAAAGGAAAAGGCUCUCCAGCCAGUUGCAGCAAACAAGCCCAGCCCCUGUUCACACACAGCCUCUCAGGUCGGUCCCUCUGCCUCCACUACGCCCACCCCAUCGUUGCUCUUCCCAGAGAAGGGUCUGCACUCAGUUUCCCCAGGACUGGACAGUGUAGGGGUGCUGGCCACAGCUGCACCCUGUGCCCCUCAAGGUGGGUCCAGGAUCUGGACCCAGCAUCUCAGGAGCGUCUCAGGAUGUGUGUUGAAGAGAUAGACCCCCACCCCUGCAUGGGAGCCCUGCCCCCCGCUGGCAGUGCCCACUGUCCUCUGCAGCUUCAAACCCUACCAGAAGCAGCCAGGCACACCCUGGGACCGCUAAGCAAGGCCAGCUCCACGGACACAUAGACAAGGCCUGGCCUCCACCAAAGAGAAAACUGGGAGAGCCCUUUCCCUGGCUGACACAGCCCAGGGCUGUGGCAGUUGCUGCAAGAGGCGCUGUGUGAGGGGUCUAAUAAAAGCCCUUUUGAAAAUGG